GGUAGUGGCUGAUAAUUCAAUGGACGGAUCUGGAGCCUUUUACAUUUCUGGUUCUUACGACGGGUCUAGACCUGGUGUCUUCUACGUCAACACUUACUACUACGACGCUCAGGCUAAGUACGAGAUGUUGACAUUGUCCCUACACGAGGGGAACCCAGGCCACCACCUGCAGGGUUCCCACAGCAUAGAGAACCCCAACAUACCUUACUUCAGGAGGGUGAGUGAGGACAGGAACUACUGGCAAGCUCCCUCUAGAUUCCCAAUGAACACCGGGUACAUAGAAGGCUGGGGUCUGUACGCUGAGUCACUCGGCUUCGACAUGGAUCUCUUCGAGGAUCUCUACGACAGAUAUGGGCACUACUCGGACGAGAUCUUCCGUGCUUGUCGCCUUGUAGUGGACACGGGUAUGCAUGCCUUCGGCUGGACACGCCAGGAGGCUAUUGACUACCUGCUUCUACACACCGCGCUAGCUCUUCAAGAUAUCGAAAAUGAGGUUGAUCGCUACAUCUGCUGGCCGGGUCAGGCGCUAGCCUACAAGGUGGGUCAGCUCAAGUUGAAGGAGUUGAGGGAUACAGCAACCAAUAUUCUACUUGACAACUUUGACCUCAAGAAGUUCCAUGAUGUUGUCUUGGACUCUGUGGGUUCUCUUGAACUUCUGGAAGAAGAGGUCAUGGAGUGGAUCAAUGCUGGAGGCAACUGAUCUUGUUUCACCUCACAACAUAUACAUUUCUCCCUGAAGGUGUGUGAAUGUAGCAGCUGUGUUGUAGGGAAUAAAACAUUUACAUAUGUU